AUGAGAGGGGCUACCCCAGGGAAGAAGACAUCUGGUCUGCAACAGAAAAAUGUUGAAGUGAAAACAAAGAAGAAUAAGCAGAAGACACCUGGAAAUGGAGACGGUGGCAGUACCAGUGAGAGACCUCAGCCUCCUAGGAAGAAAAGGGCCCUGGUAGACCCUACUGCUGAAAAUGAAGAAACAUUCAUGAACAGAGUUGAAGUUAAAGGAAAGAUUCCUGAAGAGCUAACACCUUGGCUUGUUGAUGCCUGGGACUUAAUUACCAGGCAAGAACAGCUCUUUUAUCUUCCUGUUAAGAAGAAUGUGGAUUCCAUGCUGGAGGAUUAUGCAAAUUAUAAGAAAUCUUGUGGAAACACAGAUAAUAAGGAGUAUGCUGUUAAUGAAGUUGUGGCAGGGAUAAAAGAAUACUUCAAUGUAAUGUUGGGCACUCAGCUCCUGUACAAAUUUGUGAAACCACAGUCUGUUGAAAUUCUUGCAGAUCACCCUGAUGCACCCAGGUCCCAAGGCUGUGGAGCGCCACAUCUACUCAGAUUAUUUGUACGAAUCGGAGCCACGUUGGCCUAUACACCUUUGGAUGAGAAGAGGCUUGCUUUAUUAUUGAACUAUCUUCAUGAUUUCCUAAAGUAUCUGGCAAAGAAUUCUGCAACCUGCCAGCGAUUACGAAGUGGCUCCGCCUGA